AUGAAGUUCACCACUACCACUGUUUUUGUUUCCCUGCUUGCAGGUGCGCUGGCCGCACCCCUCAGCGAGGCAGUCAGCUCCGAGAAGCGCGACGUGAUGGCUGCUCGUGCCGCUGCCGCUGUUCCUGAUGUCUACACCCUAAAGACGCGUGCCGACGAUGCCGCCGUGAACGCCGUCGAUGCCGCUGACGACGAGGAGUGCAUGGACGAUGACAAGGGCGCCGUUGCCAAGCGUGACCCCAAGAAGAAGGCCGCCAAUGGUGCUGCUGCCAAGGGCGCUGCCGCAAAGGGCGCUGAUGCCAAGGGUGCAGCCGCGAAAGGUGCUGCCGCCAAGGGUGCUGCCGCGAAAGGUGCUGCCGCCAAGGGUGCUGCCGCCAAGGGUGCCGCCGCCAAGGGCAAGAAGGGUGGCAAGAAGGGUGCCGCAGCCGCCGACAAGGGUGCUGCCAACAAUGGUGCCGCCAAAGCCAACAAAGGCGCCGCUGCUGAUGCCAACAAAGGUGCUGCCGAUGCCAAAAAGGGCGCCGAUGCCAACGCCGGCGUUGCCGCCGAUCCCAACGGCCCUAUCAACACCGGAACCGGCGAUGUCCCUUCUGCUCUCCCCCCUGCUUAA